AUGGAUCAGAGAUUGGUUGAAGCUGCAAGGGUGGGAGAUGUUAAGGCAUUGCACAGAAUAAUGGAGGAAGAUCCUCAAGUAUUGGAAAAAGCGUCUUUAGCCCUAUCUGUAGACUCACCUCUUCAUGUUGCAGCAUUAUCAGGACGAGUGGAUUUUGUGAAGCGGAUUAUGAGCCUGAUGCCUUCACUAGCCAUGCACACAAACCGGGAAGGUUUAAUCCCACUGCACAUGGCUUCAGCACAAGGCCAUGUUCAGACUGUAAGAGAGCUUUUGAAGGCGAAGCUUGAAGAUGAGGACGAUGAAGUGAUGAAGAACCAGUGCCUUUUGAAGGACAACGAAGGUCGGACUCCACUGCAUUACGCAGUUUUCAGAGGGAGAGUUGGAGUGGUUAAAGAAUUGAUGAGGCAUAGUCCUGAAUGUACCGAAGAAGUAACAGCAAAAGGAGAGACAGCUCUGCAUUUAGCAAUGAAGGCCAAUGGACUUAAAGUGGUGCAAGUGAUGGUGGAGAGCAUCAGAAGGCUUCCGAAGUUCCAGGUAAUACCAGACAAAGGGAAAGAAGAAGACAAAGAUGAGAUAAAGGAAGAAACUAAUAUAACGGUGGAGGUGGAAGAUGGUAGUGAUGAAGCACCUGAAAAUAAAGAGAAACAAGAAGCAGCAUCAGCAGAGUUUCAGAAUACAGUUUUAGUAGAGGCAACGUUAAUUAUAACGUUGUCAUACCAAGCUGAUGAAAGCUACUUUUAUGUGCUUAUUGGUUGGGAAAUGAGAAAGCCAACGAGGGGUGAUGGAGCGAAGGGGGAUGGACUGAUGGAGAACAUCUAG